ACGGGACAGGCCACUCAAAGGCGGCUAGGCUAGCUCUGUGAGUUCGGGGUAUAUUUAGCUCAUUGCAUUAUCGGAUCAGCUUCUACCUCGCACUAACGCAAAAUCGGGGAAAGUACACAAAUUUUAUGCUUUUCUCGUUGUUAUUUAGGUAGCAAUUGUUCAGACUAUUGUUUCCAAAUAGUUUUGAAGAUGUCUUCAGACGAAGACAGGGCCAAGGAGAUACUGAAAGGUUUCAAACUAAACUGGAUGAACCUGCGAGAUGCGGAGACAGGCAAAGUGCUGUGGCAGGGCACCGAGGACCUCUCUGUGCCCGGGGUGGAGCAUGAAGCUCGAGUGCCCAAGAAGAUCCUCAAGUGCAAAGCCGUCUCACGAGAACUCAACUUCUCCUCCUCCGAAAAGCUGGAGAAGUUCAGGCUGGAACAGAAGGUCUUCUUCAAAGGGCAGUGUCUAGAAGAAUGGUUCUUCGAGUUUGGUUUCGUCAUUCCCAACUCCACCAACACAUGGCAGUCUCUGAUUGAGGCCGCGCCCGAGUCACAGAUGAUGCCUGCCAAUGUUUUAACGGGGAAUGUCAUCAUUGAGACCAAGUUCUUUGACGAUGACCUCCACGUGAGCACCUCUAGAGUGCGCCUGUUCUACGUGUGACCCGGGCCCCCAGCUGAGGUCCCUGGAUCACAGGCCCUCAAGGACUCUUCACCAUUUAAACUCAGGGGAGCACCUCAUGAUUCCUGUGUGUCACUGCUUAGUCUGUCUCAGCUGUGUGACUGCAGCUGCACAUGGACUACCCGUUCACCACUUCACCUGGGCCCCUUCUCAAAGUGGACACAUCUAUCUGAUAUUUGAGCCGCAUUCCCAUUUCUGCCCACACACCUCCUCACAGCCUUUACCCCUCAGUUAUCAUUCAUAAAGUAUCCUCCUCUAUGAGACUGUCCCCUUUAUGAGACUGUCUCCUCUAUGAGCCUGUCUACUCUAUGUCUCCUCUGCCCUUGACUCCUCAGUGGGUGACAGGCAGCCGAGUUAGCUUUUAGGCUGUGAAGAGGUGAGCAAACAGAAAUGAGAUGCAUCCUCAGUUCACCAUCACUGCUUUGUGCAUUUCCAAUAGUACUAACUCAUUUUGAUCAUGUUUAGAACAAGCUGUGUGAAUCUCCAGAGCUGUCGGAGUGUAGGGUUAGCCGACGGAAGGCAUUUGGAGUUGUUGGACAGAUCUUAGACAUUGGGAUUUGAUGCUUUUUGUCAAGUGCAGUUGUUUUCUCUAUUGGUUGUCUUCCAAAUGGUUGUGAAUGUAGGAUCUAUGUGAGCGGCCACAACUGGACUAGCCCCGUGUUUGCCCCGUCUCACUGUAACAUAUGUAAAAGUGGCCCUUUUCUAGUUACUAUGUCCAAGCAUUUUUAGCUGUGUAUAAUAUGCUCUCCUCCACUGUUGUUUAUAGGUUGUGAAAUAAAAUAUGAAGUAUGUAAAAUCAG